GUAGGUUAUGUCUUAACAUUUACAAAACACCAUAAUUUACAUAAUUAUUUAACACAUUAUAAAGGAAUAUUAUUAAGAAGCAAAACAAAUAAUGUCUGAGGAAAAGGAAGAAAAGAUUGUUUUCAAACCAAAAAAGAAAAAGCCAACAUUACGAAAACGAGAAAAUUCAGAUGAUGAAGAAGAAUCUGAAGAAAUUGUGUCUUUAAAUGCUAAAGUUGAAGAAAUGAAAGAAAUUCAAAGAUUAAGACGAAGACCAAAUGGUGUCAGUGUAGUUGGUUUGGCAUUGGGAAAGAAGAUAAGCAUUGAAGAAGAAACUGCUUUGAAAGAUCCAUUUAAAAUAAAUAGCGGGGGUUUGAUAAACAUGUCCGCUUUGAAAAAUGGGAAAAUAAAAACAUCAGAAGAUGCUUACGACACAGGAAUAGGUACACAAUUUUCAGCGGAAACUAACAAAAGAGAUGAAGACGAAGAAAUGAUGAAAUAUAUUGAAGAAAAAUUAUCACGAAAAAAAGGACAAGAACCUGAUGAUACUAAACCAAAAACUUCAGAUACCGCAGAACAUGAUCAGAGUAAAUAUUUCACACCAGAAGAGGCCGCUUUACAAGCUGUACCAAACUAUUUACGUGAAUCUACUACACAAAGAUCCGAAGAAAUGUUAUCAAAUCAAAUGUUAAGUGGUAUACCUGAAGUUGAUUUGGGUAUUGAAGCAAAAAUACGUAAUAUUGAAGCGACUGAAGAAGCUAAGCUACGAUUAUUGUGGGAAAAACACCAUAAGAAAGAUGGUCCUUCACAAUUUGUACCAACAAAUAUGGCGGUUAAUUUUGUACAACAUAAUAGAUUUAAUAUUGAAGAAAAUGGUAUUCCAAAACGAAAACGGGAUGCUGAAUUAAAACAAACUAUAACUCAAUUGCCCGAUUCAAGUAAAAAAUCCAAAACUGAAAAAGCUACAGAUGAUUAUCAUUAUGAAAAGUUUAAAAAACAAUUUCGAAGAUAUUGAAUAUAUCUUUUAUUUGAAGUUCGACAUGG